CCAGGUUAUUAGCUCACCUGGCAGCAGAGCUGAAGCUUUUCCUCCACAGACAGAGAAGAGUUCAACAGCUUCAACAUGAAGACUGUUGCCUUCAUCAUCGGACUCUUCAUCGGUUACAAGUUCACAGAUGGAACAACAGCUGAAGAUGCUGGCUCACCAGGUGUUCAGUGGGCGUGUCGGGAUCGUUACCUGUGGAUCCACGUGACCUCAGGACAGACGCCGCGAUUUGAGGCUGUAGAUGAAAAUGGCGUCCACACCAUCAGCAAGCAGCUGGCCUCACGCUGUGGUUACACCAUCAGCACCUUCAAGAUGGACGGCUUCACCACCUUCAGAGCUUCAUACUACUCCUGCUUCACCCACAACCAGAACGACGAGGCGUUCACCUUCAGAUUUAACGUGAUGGUGAGCGACGGUGGUGCCGGGUGGAUCAGCCGACCAGUUUCUGCUGUCUGUUCUGGUCUGAGCUGGAGUCAUAGAGAAAUCGUUUGCGAGGAGGACUACAUGGAGGUGAAUGUAAACAGAGAGUCUUCAUGUGGAGGUCAGCGGGGGGAAAGUGGACAGGCGUGGCAGACGGCCUUCUCUCAGGCUCAGAGGACGGCGAGCGCUGCCUGGCAGCUGAUGUUCCUGCAGAGUGAUGGACAGGUGAACGCCAUGUCCAUCAGUGAGGCCCAGACGCAGGGCUACAGUCUGACCGCCACUGCCAAAAGGGUGGUGUUUCGAUCUCAAUACAGCCCGCCGCACGCUGAGAUGAUGAUGGUGGAUGGCGUCCCUGUGGAGGUCGUCCGGGUUUCGCUGUUCUUCAAGCAGAAGCUGAUGGUGGUGAUGAUCGACGUGUCCGUGGUCUGCACAGUCAAUUCAGGUUCUUUCGAUGGUACCCGGCUGCUGUGGGACGUCCCCCGGGUCUUGACGCCUCUGGUCGGGGAAGGAGCAACGUUUGAAAGUCGGAGCCUCAGUCUGGGGGUGGAGGGAGUGCUGCUGGACCAGCACACUGCCUCCACCAGGGGCUUCAGUCUGAUCCAGCAAGGAGGCCUGGUCCAAAUCCAGAUUCCUUUUGGGGCAGAGGGUGGCUACAGGAAGAGUUUGGUGGUGAACAACGUGUACAAGGAGACGUAUGUGAUCUUCCUGCUAUACGAACACAUCUUCUCUCUGCUAUAUGAAGACGGCAGCAGUGUCGACACCAGACACCGACUGCUCAGGGUCCUCGACACGCCGCUGCUCUGCCGACCACCCUUCAGCCUUGACCAGACCGUCAGUGAUGACCAGGUGUUCAGGGUCUACCUGGGAAACAUUCCUGCUGACGUCGUUUUAGAGGAAGUCCAUAUCAACGGGAAGCCGCUGCUGUCAGACACACCUGAGCGAGGAAUCGGCAUCAGUCCUGUUGUUCACGUUAAUGGCAGCCAAGCCUACGAGCUCCAGCUGCCCUUCGAGGACACUGUGGUCCAGUGGACGAACUUGGGUGAAGGUGUGGUGCAGUACUCCAUAGAUAUAAACUUCACUUUAACCAUCAUGCCUCAGAGAGAAUCCUACUACCAUCACACCCUCAUCACAGCACAAGCAUUCAACACAUACCCACCGGAGAUCACUGCUCAGUGCUCGGACGGAGGAAUCACAUUCAGCGUAGUCAGACCACCUCGAGCUGAGAGUCUCUGGGAGGUGGGUGUUGACCAGGAGCCUCUGACACCACAGCUGGCUGCCCAAAGAGGGUACCACCUCCACAGCGACAGCCACAAAACCACCCUGGAGGUCCCUGUGUUCUCCAUUGGAUACACCUACGAAGGCAUCAACCUUUCAAACUUUUAUGGGACAUUUAAGCUUCUUCUGAGAGACUCCAAAACUCUGGAGGUUCAGACGUCCACUUCCAAACACUGCCUCUUCAAAACAGAGGACAUGAUAGUCUGUUCUGCGGAUGGGACCAUGACAGUGGUGACAACUCCGACCUCCACUUGGCCCACGGUGCAGCCUGAAAGAACCAGUCUGCUGGACCCCAGCUGUGGACCCAAACAGACAGACAGAUCCAGAGUCCUGUUUGAGUUCAAGCUGGACUCCUGUGGGACCAGAGCCAUGGUCGGAGACUCGUACGUGGUUUAUGAGAACGAAAUCCUCCAUGACAGACAGCUGAUCGCAGACGGACCAAACUUUAUCUCCAGAGAAUCUCAGUUCAAGUUGACGGUGAGGUGCUUCUAUCCACUCAGUGGAGUCAACAGACUGUCUGUGGAUCGGCUCUUCAGAUCAGAGACGUCUGGAUUUGGUUCAAUCAAAGUCUUUGAGAGCCUUAAAGAUUCAACAAACAAACUCACUGCCCAUGACUGUUCACAUCAGGCUUCUGGAAAUGCCAUCAAUAUCCUGUCAAAACAGGUCCAACAUACCCCCCAAACCCCAGCAACAGGAGGAGUCCUGCCUCACCCUGGCAUCAGGCCUCAGCCCAGACCUGGACCCAGCAGCUUCAUCACAGCACCAGGAGGCCACAACAAGCUGUUCCUCUCCUCCCAAAACCACCAAACCUUUCCAAACAUCAACCUCUCUCCUCCUCAUGAAGUCCCUCUACAGGUUCCAGCUCAUCGUGGUCAUUUCAUGUCCCAGACGGAAGACCAACAUGUGUUUGGGGUUGAGCCAAAUUUGAGCCCCUUCACGUCCUCCAUUGUUGGGAUCGAAAUGGCCAACACUGGAGAAAGAUCUGGCUAUCAGCCUCAGAGUCAGUAUGAUCCUUCUCAAACCCCUCAGCUUUACCCAGUCCUUCAAACACCAGCUCAGUACAGCCAAGACCACAUCAGCAGAAACAAACUGCCCCUGCCUGGCAUAGACACUACCUAUGUCCCUACUGUUGAUGCCACACACAUCACAUCCACAAAUACCAUCCCUGACUUCUCUGGAAACACACUGGUUACACCUCAGCAUCUCAGCACGGAAUCUCAUGAAACCAAAGUCCACCAAAACCCGGAGAGAACUGGGUCCAUCGAGAGGAGGAAUGUGAAGACAAUUCAGUCCAGGGUGCAAAACAUCAGAGUUAAACCUCUGAGAAAAUUAGCUUCUUCUGGACAUCAUCUCAGCCAGAAACCCAGUAUCCCACCAGCUUAUUUACGAAGCCCCAGUCCCUCCCAGUAUGCCACAGUUCAGACAGCUGCCAGCAGUGAUGGGAACCACUGGAUGUCCCAACAGGUUUCUGACCACAGAGGUUCAAACACAAUUAACUGGACACAUUCACCUGAGAGACCAGGUACGCUGAGACAGGAACAAGGAGUUCACAGUGUCAAAGUAAAACCGGAUCAAUCUGCAGGAAUCCGCCUCACCAGUCUAUCCCCAAACCAGCAAGGACACCAGCAGAAACUGGUCCAGUCUGUGGCUGAGACAGGAAACAGUGGGGGACAACAGUCUACUCCAAGAAAAGUCCUUCAACCAGCAGGAGCAUCUCGCAUAAGAGUUAGACCUGCACCCGGUCUCCCAGGAAGACUCCAGACUCCAGACCAGUCCAGACUGCAGAACCUGUACUCUGUAACCGGAGAGGGCACCAGCAGGACGCCCUCCUUCAGUUUCACACUGCAGAACGUCCCGAAAAGCCCUUCCAGCAUCAUAGAAUAUAAACCAACCAAUCCCAACACACCGAGCCCUGGUUCCCACACAGGUCCUGGUGGUUCAGGUUCAGACCUGAAGACCAACACCAGGUCUGACUGCAGUGGUCAGUAUGGAGACAGUGUUCACUGGGGCAUCAUGAGAGGUACCAACACCAGAUCUUUACACCUGAAAGGUGCAAGAAACUCAGAAUCUUGAGUUUGUAGCUUAAUAGGGUUUGUGUGUCUUCUGUCGGCUCUGAAACGUCAUAAAUUACUGUUCAGAUUCUUUUCCUAAACAUGAUCAACAUUAUUUCACUGCUUCAACAUCAGGUUACUGUUGGAUCUGUUUUUUCCCUCUUAGGUAAACAGAUCAGCUGACGAAGAACAGAAACAAAACCGUCUGUCUGAUACAAUAAAGGUUCAGUUUGUUCAUUCA